AUGCCCCUCCUACACGCGCUCGUGUACGAGACCCUGCGCCUGUACCCGCCAGUGCCUGUGAACAUCAAGGAGGCGAUGGUCGACGACGUGCUGCCGGACGGCACCCCAGUGCCCGCGGGCACCAGGGUCGUGUACUUCCCUUGGGGCAUGGGCCGCGACCCCGCCGUCUACCAGGACCCCGAGCAGGUUCGCCUGGAGCGGUGGGUGCCGUUCCAGCAGCCCCCGCCCCACGAGUUCCCGGUGUUCCAGGCCGGGCCCCGCAUCUGCUUGGGCAUGGACAUGGCGAUCCUGGAGAUGAAGCUCGUGACCACCAUGCUGCUGCAGCAGUUCACCUUCACGAUUGCCCCAGAGGAGGCGGAGAAGGUGCAUUACAGCCGGACGAUCACGAUGUCGGUCUGCAACUCCAAGGAUCAGAACUCGCACAACCUGUGGCUCACACCGCACCGCCGGCGCGUCAGCGAGGCCCGGUGA